CCCUCUCUCCUCUGUGCAGCAGGCCUUUCCGGCGAGUCCCAGCCCCGCGGUGGGCCCGUCAUUUUCCGCUCGCGGCUGUUGGCUCUGGAGCAGAGUGGAGGCUGCGCGGCCUCGCUGCGGUUGUGUCGCUGCCUUCUGCAGGGCACCGCUGGCGGUUGUUUGCGGGCGCGUUUGUGGCAGGGGAGGGCUCGAAUGCUGUCGGCUGCGCUCCGUGACCAGACGUGGGGGUGCGGAGUGGAGCUCCUGCCUGCUGGGUGCCGGGUUUCCGUCUGUGGAGCGUGUUUGUGCUCGUACCUCAGCUUGCGGUAGCAAUGGAGGCAGUGAUGCAAACUAUGUGGUAAUUAAAAAUAAACAAAACCGUUCCUUGCAGUACAAGACACUUCCAAUAUUAUUCAAUGCCUCACAUCUCAGAAGAUGAAAAGGAGAAUGGUUCUGGAAACAAUGGAAACACUGAAAAGAAACCUGGGAAAGAAUCCUCAGAAGCUUCUCUUCAUGAUCCUAUAAAGUCGUACUGCAUCUCAGAUGCCUCCACUGUUUCUUUGGUGUCCAGGGGAGGUGGACAUUACCCAUGGGGAUGUCCUGUGACUCAUACACGAGAGAAAUUUUAUACCAUUUGCUCAGACUAUGCUUUUUUAAACAGAGUCACAUCUAUUUGUAAAAGCCCAAGUGCUUCAGUUAGUGCCUGCCUGUCAAGCAGUGCUGCCUUAAAUGUUGGAAAUAACACGCCUAGCUUGCUGGGCAUUCAAACUGGUGCUUCAGAGAUAAUCUACAGUGAAGAUGCUAACUUGGAAACCUUGUCUGGCAGCCUUGGAAAGCUUCCGCUGGCAUGGGAAAUUGACAAAUCAGAAUUCAACAGCGUGACUGCGAAUCAUAAAAACAAAGCAGGCAACAUGAAGAAACAAGUGGCAAAGAAAAAGUCCUCAGACAAAAAAAGCAAACAAUACAAGGAGUGUCCUCAGCUCUCUGCUCUUGAAGAUGUGAAGGAAAGAAAAGUGUUGGACCUCCGAAGAUGGUAUUGUAUUAGUCGACCUCAGUACAAGACUUCUUGUGGAAUUUCUUCAUUAGUGUCUUGCUGGAAUUUCUUGUAUAGUACACUGGGGGCUGGCAGUUUACCACCUAUUACUCAAGAAGAAGCUUUGCAUAUUUUGGGUUUUCAACCCCCAUUUGAGGAGAUUAGGUUUGGUCCCUUCACUGGAAAUACAACUUUAAUGAGGUAAGCUCAGUUCUUUUGAUGCAGCCAAA